UUAAGCCUUGCCAGUUCGAAGGCCGGUUCUACGCCGAGGGCGACUCCUGGAAAUCCUGACUCUUGUACAUCGUGCUCAUGUCAGCGGGGGAACGUGCAAUGCCAGCAGCUGGAGUCUUGUAAUCAGGGGGAAAGGAGACGAGUGUGUGCUGGAGUAGUCUGUAUUGAGAGAAACAAUGUGCCACCCAGCAUUAUAUCCCUUUGGGAGAAUGCUGUCCCGUUUGUGCUGUCUAGGCCUGGUGGAUACGCUCAGGAAGGUACAGUAGCGGAGGCACUCCCUGUUCCUGGGCCAAGGGGAGACACAGGUUCGCCGGGAGACAGAGGACAACCAGGGGACAUCGGCCCUCCAGGAAGCCCCGGCAAUCCUGGGAUACCGGGCAAUCCCGGGCCUCCAGGACCCGUACCUGACGUGUCUUCAUACUACAACCAGUUGGCAUUAGUGAAUUCAGGCAAUGACAAGGGACCUAGUGACGCGGAGCCAUACAUGGGUUAUCCUGACGCAUUUCACUACCUUCAGGCCCAAGUAGGACCAGCAGGGCCCAGAGGCAUGCCGGGACCAUCAGGAUCUGCGGGUUCUCAAGGAUUUCAAGGUGUCAGGGGUGAGCCAGGAGAACCUGGCCCUCCAGGAUCCCCUGGUAUCCCGGGUCCUAGGGGUCCCCCAGGAGUGCCAGGAAAAGAUGGAGAGCAAGAUUAGGAUGGCGAACCUGGAACGUCAGGAUCUGGAGGUCCUCCGGGACCUAGGGGCCUUCCGGGCAUGCCAGGACUCCCAGGCAUCAAAGGCCACCGUGGGUUUCCGGGUCUGGACGGGGUUAAGGGUGAACAGAGCCAACCAGGGGAGAAGGGAUCACUAGGUCCCUCGGGCCCCAUGGGGCCCAUCGGACCAGUGGGUCCCGUCGGGCCCAGAGGAGAAAGAGGAAGAGAAGGUCCUCCGGGUCCUCCAGGUCUUAGGGGAAUCGACGGCAUCGCAGGAACUCCUGGAGCCCCGGGUGCGAUCGGUAAACCAGGAUCACCAGGAUUCCCUGGGUCUCCCGGAGCUAAAGGAGAUCAAGGAGCACAGAGUCCCAAGGGCAGUCAGGGUCUGCAAGGUCCUAGAGGUGAGUCUGGACGUCCAGGAAUAUCCGGUGAGUCAGGUCUUCCAGGGCAACCCGGCAAGGAUGGAUACCCAGGAGAGAAGGGAAAUCCAGGGGCUAACGGCAUUCCAGGCCCUCCGGGCUUUCCAGGAGCUCGAGGACCCCCUGGACUCUCUGGCAGUGUCGGCCCUCAAGGCCCUAAAGGACAACAGGGUACGCCAGGAGAGAGGGGCUACAAGGGAGAACAUGGAAUGAAAGGAGAAGGAGGAGCACCAGGACCUCGAGGCUUGCCGGGCCUGCAAGGAGCUGAUGGCAAGAGAGGGAAGCGUGGCCAGGUAGGGCCCGUCGGACCGACUGGACCAGUGGGCGAGAGGGGGUCCACCGGGCCGAGGGGUCUCCCCGGGGCGGACGGUGCUGCUGGACCUAAAGGCCAAACAGGAGACAGAGGACCGGAAGGACCCCAGGGGACGAAAGGAGCCACAGGAGAUUCAGGCAGGCCUGGUCCUCCAGGACUUCAGGGUCUGAGAGGUCCAGUAGGACGUACAGGAGCACCGGGAAAAUCUGGAAAUCCAGGCGAGCGAGGAAUCCAGGGGGCAGAUGGAAAACCCGGCGAUCAAGGGAUCCAGGGACUCCAGGGACUUCCAGGACCCCUUGGACCACCAGGGGAAAAGGGAAUGCCGGGAGAACCAGGGAAGGAUGGUGAUCAAGGACCACAAGGAUCAGUGGGACCGCGAGGAGACCCUGGCAAAGACGGACCACCAGGCAUACAAGGACCUCCAGGACCACCAGGACUGGACGGGGAACGAGGAGCUGUCGGAUCGCCUGGACCAACUGGGUUUCAGGGACUACCAGGAAUAUCGGGAAACCCUGGAGCACCAGGGAAAGAUGGUGAGCCGGGAGUACAGGGUCCUCCAGGACAAUCGGGACCCGCAGGACUUCGAGGAGAAAGAGGAUUCCCGGGUGAGAGGGGAGCGGUUGGGCCCAUGGGACCGUCAGGACAACGUGGGGAGCCUGGAGUUCAAGGCAGUGACGGCGCACCGGGACCUCCUGGGGUCAGAGGUGAAAAGGGACAUUCUGGACCACUUGGACUUGUGGGCUUGCCCGGACUGAGGGGGAUGCCCGGCCCUCCAGGAGACAAAGGAGAUAGAGGAUCCGUAGGUUCCAUGGGACCGGAAGGCCCAGAAGGAAGACAAGGUGAAAGAGGACCUCCAGGUCCGUUGGGGUCUCAAGGACCUCCCGGAGAACCGGCUGAGAGAGGGGAUCCAGGACAACCGGGGCCGCCGGGAGAAAUUGGUGCGACGGGCAACCCAGGAGAGAGAGGUCCCGUUGGACCCCAAGGCCUUCAAGGGUUCCCAGGGCCGCAGGGGUUGGUAGGACUACCAGGGGUCAAGGGCGAAAGAGGACUCACCGGACUGAAAGGAGAGCAAGGCAACCCAGGGCCUUCAGGGAGUCCUGGGGAGCAGGGUCCACCAGGACUUGUGGGAUUGACCGGAGCUAAGGGAGCGAGAGGAGAGGCGGGGUCCCGGGGGGACCAGGGACUGAUGGGCCCACCUGGACGACCGGGCGAGCCGGGACAAGCGGGUCAAUCAGGACCAACAGGACCUCCGGGACCAGCAGGUGUUCCUGGCAUCAAGGGAAUCCCAGGAGACUCUGGUCGACCUGGCAAUCCGGGGCCAAUGGGGCAACCGGGACCUCAGGGGUUGGACGGGAUCAAGGGAGAGCGAGGAGGCGAGGGCCCUCCUGGAGGACCAGGACCCGCAGGACCUCAAGGUUCUCCCGGUGAUAGAGGAUUACCAGGACUUCCUGGAUCUACAGGACCUCCCGGUCUCAGCGGCCAACGGGGAGCUCCGGGAGAAACAGGACCUGCUGGUAAACCUGGAUCGGAUGGAGCUCCAGGACCACAGGGUGUUCAGGGCAACCCAGGACCUCCAGGACCUCUCGGCGAACAAGGUCCUGAAGGUCCCAGUGGGAAGAUGGGACCCCCAGGGAUAUCAGGUCGGCCUGGAGACAAGGGUCCUGUAGGAAUUCCUGGCAAUCCUGGACCACCUGGAGCCCCUGGCCUUAUGGGUCCUCCAGGCUCUUCGGGUCCCCCAGGACCUGCUGGCGAGAGGGGUCAAAGAGGAGAAACAGGACCUCAAGGAGUCGAGGGUCCGAUUGGACAAAGAGGGAAGCCAGGACCUCCGGGACCGGAAGGGGCCAGGGGUGAGAGAGGGGAGGUUGGUGCCAAAGGAGUUAAGGGCCAUAGAGGCCUGAAUGGACUUCAGGGACUGCCCGGUCUGCAGGGACCUCCUGGAGACAAAGGAAUGACAGGACCUCCUGGAUUGCCUGGCAAGGAUGGAGAAAUCAGUGUUAGGGGUACUCCUGGAAGAGACGGAAAUCCUGGACCUCCGGGUGUAUCGGGACCGCAUGGACUUAGGGGACCACAAGGAGAGCCGGGCAAGGAUGGGACCCCCGGUAUCCCUGGACCACCAGGACCAGCUGGGGAACCACUGGGGUACGACGCCGCGGCUCUGGCAGCCCUUCUGGAACAGGGGACGAACAAAGGUCCGGAUCCACUCAGCGGGGAUGAACCACCGAGACUGUUUGGCAACGAUGUCACAGAAGAAGAGCGACGUGCCCUCUUACAGAAGGCUUAUCAGCAACUGAAAGCAAGUUUUGAGAGAUUCAAGAAACCGGAUGGAUCUAAGAGUGCCCCAGCAAAGACUUGCAGAGACCUUUCAGUAGCCUAUCCCACCUUGGCCAAUGGUGAGUAUUGGCUGGAUCCUAAUGAAGGAGACAUCAAGGACGCCAUUCUGGUAUAUUGCGACAUGGAGAACAAACUAACCUGUCUCCUGCCGCAACCUGCCGCUAGUCCUCAGAUUUCCCAUGUCGGUAGAGAGCAAGAGCUGUGGCUAUCUGAGAUCAAACCUGGAUUUAAGGUUAGUUCCUAUGAAGGAUUAUGCAAAA